AUGCUCAUACCACAGCGCUUCCAACGAGUCGUGCCAGUCCUCGUCGUCCUCGUCCUGUGCAUAUUCAUCCUCUCCUCCAGCAGGUUCCGGGAUGCCGCCAUCGUUGACUCAAUAUCACACCAGAUCGCCGGCGUGCACAAGUCGGACAAGCCCAAGUCUGACGCCGCACUGGAGGAGGAGGCAAAGUUUAGCACACCGCCCACCACUCCAACACCGCGGCCGCCUCUUGAGCCCGGCCAGUGCAUCCCCGAGAUCGAGUUCCUGAGGCGCGAGGAGCUGCAGCUGAGCGACAACAUCGUCUACUCGAGGCGUUGCAUCAAACCCAAGUUCUCCGAUGACGUCGACCGAGCUGUUAUCCCCAAGCUCGAGGGGCCCAUCAUCACCCAGAAGGCCAACAUCAACCUCACCUCGUGUUCUCACCUCGAAACCCUGCCGUGCGACGAGCUGUCCAUCACCGUCACCCCGCCUCCUCCCCAGGAGAAAUACGCCCAUUUCGUCUUCGGUGUCGCCACAUACUACGAGCGCAUGAUACAGGGGCUGCCUGCCUUCGAGCACUGGCUAGCAGGGACCGAUGCGCUCCUCGUGGCAGUCAUCGUGGACCACGAGGGCAACGACCUCGGUGCCCUUCAGCAACUCUUUGGCCAACAUGGCAUAAAAAUGGCCACCGCCAACGGCGAUCCCAACCUCACAAUCGACCAGAACCAUUUCGUCAUGCUGCGGCCGACCGUGCAGAACAUCAGUCCCGAGACGAAAUGGGUUGGAAUCCUCGAUGACGACACCUUCUUUCCCUCUCUGGACGCGCUUAGCAAGACUCUUGAGCAACUAGACCAUACCAAGGAGCUGUGGCUCGGCCAGUUGUCGGAGGAUUUCUACUCGGUGCGGUCAUGGGGCUUCAUGGCCUUUGGCGGUGCAGGCGUCUUCCUCUCGGUUCCAUUGGCCAAGAAGCUGGAACCCUUUAUGGAACAGUGUCUCGAAGAGGCGGCCCUGCCAUCGGGUGACGGCAUGCUGCGCGACUGCGUGUACUACCACUCCAAGACCAAGCUGACGCUAGUGCCGGGCCUGUACCAGCAGGACAUGCGCGGCGACCUAUCCGGCUUUUUCGAGGCCGGCUUCCGCGCGCUGUCGCUGCACCACUGGAAGAGCUGGUACGUCGAGCCCGUCGACAAGAUGGCGCAGAUCACCAAGGUGUGCGGCGACUGCUUCCUGCAGCGGUUCCAGUUUGGCGAGGACACCCUCUUCUCCAACGGCUACUCGAUCGCGAUGUACCGCAAGGGCGUGCAGGGCCUCAACCUCGACUGGGUGGAAGCGACCUGGAACCAGCACGGGCCCGAGUUCGACUUCAGCAUCGGCCCGCUCAGGCCGGCCCUGAAGAAGAACGAGAAGAGGAGCUACCGACUAAAGGACGCCGAGUGGCUCAAGGACGGCAGCCUCAGGCAGAUCUACGUGUACAAGGCCGACUGGAAGAGCGGCGAGACCACGGACGAGGUGAUUGAGUUCUUGUGGGAUCCGAAGGCAAUUCAAUAA